GACGCGCUAAGCAGUGCAGAUGUGUCGCAGAUUUGAAAACUCACUGCACAGGAGGAAAGGGCAAAUAUCAGGAAAUGAAACGUUAAAAAACAUCUAAAACAGAAACCAGCCAACGCUUCAGUGAGGAGGGGAGGAGUGGGGGUGGAGAAUAGCGUUUCUGAAACGUGUCAACCGGGAUUUACAAUUUAUAAGUACUUUGGGGAGGAACGAGAGUGUUAGGACGAACAUUAACAUAGCGAUCUGUUCUAUCUCAACGCGUGUGUAGAGCACGGCACAACAGUGAUGGAACUAUCAGCUAUAGGCGAACAAGUGUUUGCCGUGGAAUCGAUAAUCAAGAAGAGAGUUAGAAAGGGGAAUGUGGAAUACUUACUGAAGUGGAAAGGAUGGCCGCCCAAGUACAGCACAUGGGAGCCCGAGGAGCAUAUUCUCGACCCUCGGCUGGUCCUGGCCUAUGAGGAGAAAGAGCAGAAGGACAGAGCCCUUGGUUAUCGAAAAAGAGGCCCUAAACCAAAGAGGCUGCUGCUGCAGAAUAUCUACACUAUGGAUCUCCGCAGUGCCCACAAGGCCUCGGAGAAGCCCCCAGCCCGCCUGCGGCUGUCCCUCACCCGAUCACUGGACAGCGAUCCAGGGGCCAGGGGGCAGCAGUGCAGGCCGGGGGGAGGCGGGCUCUACCGCCGGCUAGCUCAGCGCAAGAACAAGCAGCGGGGGUCACCCUUCCUGCGCCUCAACACCCCUCCCCGGGCCCCAACACCUACACAGGAACCCCCAGAAGAGGACUGGGGUGGGAGGGAGGAAGAAGAGGAGGAAGAGGAGGAGGCUAUACAGGAAGCGGAUAGGGUGACAGAGAUGCACAGAGACAUUUUGACUGGGUCAAGCAGGGCAGAGGCCUGGAGUCCCGUGGUGGGGCCAGAGGAAGUGAAUGCAACGGAGAGGUCAGAAGGGUGGAGUCCAGUAAUGGGCCCGGGGGAGGUGACUGUGACCGACGUCACCAUCAACUCGCUGACAGUGACUUUCAGGGAGGCCUUGGCAGCUAAAGGGUUUUUUCGAGGCUGGGGCUUGGAGUUCUGAUAAACACAAAGGGGGGGGGGG